AGCAAGCUAAGAACUUGCGCCUUCUUUCUCCUUUCUGUUACAGCAGCAAAUCUCGUUCAAUGGGUCAGGGAACUCCUGGAGGAGGUCUUAACCGCCAAGCUCCCGGCGGCGAUCGGAAGAACGACGGCGACAAGAAGGAUAAGAAAUUCGAGCCGCCAGCUCCACCUGCAAGAGUCGGUCGCAAGCAGCGAAAACAGAAGGGACCGGAUGCCGCUUCUCGUCUUCCCACGGUCACACCUCUUACAAAAUGUAAACUCAGGUUGCUUAAGCUCGACAGGAUCAAAGAUUACCUCUUAAUAGAGGAGGAAUUCGUUACAAACCAGGAAAGGUUAAAGCCCCAGGAGGAGAAGACUGAGGAAGAUAGAUCCAAGGUAGACGAUCUCCGAGGAUCCCCAAUGAGUGUUGGAAAUCUUGAGGAGCUCAUAGAUGAGAAUCACGCCAUCGUUUCAUCGUCAGUUGGACCAGAGUAUUACGUCGGGAUUCUCUCAUUCGUUGACAAGGAUCAACUCGAACCUGGCUGUUCCAUUUUGAUGCACAAUAAGGUUCUUUCUGUUGUGGGCAUACUCCAAGAUGAAGUUGAUCCAAUGGUCUCUGUGAUGAAAGUUGAGAAGGCUCCGUUAGAAUCGUAUGCAGACAUUGGAGGGUUAGAUGCACAGAUACAGGAAAUUAAGGAAGCUGUUGAGCUUCCUUUAACACACCCGGAAUUAUACGAAGACAUUGGAAUCAAACCUCCUAAGGGGGUUAUUCUCUAUGGAGAGCCUGGAACUGGCAAGACACUACUUGCAAAGGCAGUGGCAAACUCUACAGCAGCCACGUUUUUACGUGUUGUUGGGAGUGAAUUGAUUCAAAAAUAUCUGGGUGAUGGUCCAAAGCUGGUUAGGGAGCUUUUCCGAGUUGCUGAUGAUCUCUCCCCUUCCAUUGUCUUCAUUGACGAAAUUGAUGCAGUCGGUACUAAAAGAUACGAUGCUCAUUCGGGUGGUGAGCGUGAAAUUCAAAGAACCAUGUUAGAGCUUCUGAACCAGCUUGAUGGGUUCGAUUCAAGAGGAGAUGUAAAGGUGAUUCUUGCAACAAACAAAAUCGAAAGCCUUGAUCCUGCACUGCUAAGGCCAGGACGAAUAGAUAGGAAAAUUGAAUUUCCACUACCAGAUAACAAAACAAGGAGGCGUAUCUUCCAGAUACACACAUCAAGAAUGACAUUAGCAGACGAUGUAAACUUAGAAGAGUUUGUUAUGACUAAGGAUGAGUUCUCUGGAGCAGAUAUUAAGGCAAUAUGUACUGAAGCCGGAUUGCUUGCUUUACGCGAGCGUCGAAUGAAGGUGACACAUGCUGAUUUUAAGAAGGCGAAAGACAAGGUUAUGUUCAAGAAGAAAGAGGGCGUACCCGAAGGACUCUACAUGUGACCGAAGGUGACUAUAUUCAGACAAAAUAGGUUCCUUUGUUUAUGGAUUUGUUUUUUUGAGACCUCCAAUAAGAUGUCUUUUAUUCAUGCAAGUCUAUUUAAAGACUACUCAUAGUCUGUAAAUGCAAUGAGUCAAGGUUAAACACCAA